AUGGAAAAGAACAUAUCAUCGUUAAAGUCGCAGUUAAUUGAUGCUGAAAAUAGACUAUUGACUCACCUAAAAAGUCACCAUAAUUUGCGACCAGCCCGGACAGAUUUCCUUGUACUUGUAUCUGAUUUUGAAGAAUUGGGACGGAAAAGUCAGUUUUUAUACGAAAAUGCUAGAGAAAAGGUCAUACCUCGACUUAAAUCAGUUCAGUGCAACUUAAUAAAUAAAGGCGAUAACCGAGUAUCAUCAGCUUCGGCAGUACAUCAAGAUGCAGUCUCUCAACUUCAAGAACUUUUGGAUAUGCACGCCAACUGUUUUUAUUUACUUAAAUUGCAUGAAGCUUUAGUUAGCUUAGAAUCUUCGGUUUAUCAUUUACUUUCCCAAUGCUCAUCUCUCUCAACAGUUGAUCAUAAAGAGAACUGUGUAGACUUCAUUGGUGAUAACAAAUCAAAGGGAAAAACAAAUAUAUUGUUGGAACAUACGGAAAUAGGUGAAACAACCUAUCGUUUAUGCGUUAAUACAAUUAUACAAUCUCUUGAAACAGUUGAAGAUCUCUUCUCUCAACAGACGAAGUUUAAUAAAGAUUCUCUACUAAUUUUCCAAGAUUUCCUGAAAACAUACACACGAUGCAAGGAUAUGCUUGCUCAACAUGUUGACGAGUUUUGGAGUCGAUGGUUCAUCCUAGAAGUGCCUUCAAAGCAGAGAAAUGAUGAUGAUCCAUUCUUACCAAGUGUUAAUCAAACUCAGUCAGAUGAUUUCUUCAGCUUUUUGUUGGAUCCAUGCAUACGACCACCUGCAGAUAUGCAUAAAAUCUUGACACAAGAAGAUCCCUUGUUAGAUUCAAGUUUCUAUCACCUUUCUGACUAUGGUGAACCAACUACACAGGCGUAUGAACAAUCAUCGAUUAUGGCUAGUCUUAAGAUAUUAGCCAAACCUGAAUUGGUUUCACAGUUGUUGUAUAUCAUUGAAGCUUUAAAGGAAUCGAAGGGUCGUAUUUAUCAACUAUCCUAUCAAAUUUGGACCUAUUUCUUCAAACCUUGGCUUAGAAAAGCACCUUGUGUGUCAGGAUCAGGGAUGGGCUGGCCAGAAUUGAAGUGUCAGGUGCUCGAAGAGUUUGAUGAACAUGAAUGUAAUCAUAACUUAUUUGUAGGCGAUAAAAAUACUCCAGCAUCCCUUGUGCAUGUUACACCAUACUUACAUGUAUCUUUAAUUGCUCCAACGGAUAUAGAUAAGCAUAAAAAUGAGGAUUAUGUUGAGAGUCCUGAAGAUGUUUAG